AUGAGCCUUAAAAUUUCUCUUCGAUCUAUUAGAGAAGGGAGGCUCCAGGGCAUAGGUAAAUGCCUGAUUCGAGAAUUUAGAAUGCUUUCUCACGCAAUGCACGGAGAAAUUUGCAAGGAUUUUGCAGAGGGUUGCAGAGCUAUACUGCUGGACAAGGACCGAAACCCGAAGUGGGAACCCUCCAAAAUUGAGUCGAUCAGUGACGAGAUGGUUGACCGUUACUUCUCGAAGAUGGACAACGAUGAUGAUGACUGGGAAGAUUUGAAACUACCCGUGAUCAGGUCAGAUUCACCGUCGAAUGUCAUUGCCAAACUGUAA